CUGCGGCGCACAGGAAGUGAGGUAGCGCGGCUGGUUGCGUUUGAGAGAACAUUUCGCGGGAGAUCAGCUGCAGACGGGCUCCCCGUAAACACCGACGACCACAGUGAAGCUAAACUCUUUGCACAAUGAGCCUCUGGCUGGAUAAAUACCGACCGACGUCCCUUGGGAAGCUCGACUAUCACAAGGAGCAAGCGGCUCAGCUGAAGAACCUGGUUCAGUGCGGUGACUUCCCUCACUUGUUGGUGUACGGGCCAUCAGGAGCGGGGAAGAAGACCCGCAUCAUGUGCUUGCUGAGAGAGCUGUAUGGACCAGGGGUGGAGAAGCUUCGCAUAGAGCAUCAGACCAUUGUGGCUCCAUCAAAGAAGAAAAUUGAGAUCAACACAAUAGCCAGCAACUAUCACAUCGAGGUCAACCCAAGCGAUGCAGGAAACCAGGAUCGUGUGGUGAUUCAGGAGCUGAUUAAAACCGUGGCCCAGUCCCAGCAAAUCCAGUCCAGCACCCAGAAGGAGUUCAAAGUGGUGCUGCUAACAGAGGUGGACAGACUCACCAAAGACGCUCAGCACGCUUUGCGACGCACAAUGGAAAAGUACAUGGCCACAUGUCGUCUCAUCCUCUGCUCCACAUCCACCUCCAAAGUCAUCGGACCGAUCCAGAGCAGAUGUCUGGCCAUCAGAGUUCCUCUGCCGAGCACAGAGGAGGUGUGCAGCGUCCUGACGUCCGUCUGUAAGAAGGAAGGUCUGCUGCUGCCACCCGAGCUGGCCAAGCGUAUCAGCGACAAGUCGGGUCGCAACCUCCGCAGGGCUCUCCUGAUGUGCGAGGCGUGCCGAGUGCAGCAGUAUCCGUUCUCAGCAGAUCAGGACGUACCGGAACCGGACUGGGAGGUCUACCUGAGAGAAACUGCUAACGCCAUCGUCAGCCAGCAGAGUCCUCAAAGGUUGCUGGAGGUCCGAGGCAGGCUGUACGAGCUGCUGACACACUGCAUCCCUGCUGAUAUCAUCAUAAAGGGUUUAGUGGAGGAACUGCUGAGCAACUGCGACGGGCAGCUAAAGACGGAGGUGGCCCACCUGGCCGCCUACUACGAGCACCGACUCCAGCUGGGCAGCAAGUCCAUCUACCACCUGGAGGCGUUUAUAGCCAAGUUCAUGGCAAUGUACAAGAGGUUCAUGGAAGACGGCCUGGAUGCGAUGAUGUUCUGAGCACACUUAACUCGCUAUUGAUGCGAUUUCAAAAGUCUUCAGGCCAGGAAUUGGGGACAAUUUAUAGCAGUUUGUGUCUACGUUAUGAAUUCUUUGGUAAACUCAUCAGCGCUGACUGUAAACCACUGAUCUGGUGGUGUAAGACACAAAAAAAUGGGAAAUCAAAUUUUUUUUUUUUAAAAAAGCUGAGAAGUUUGAUGGAACUGGUUGUAUUAAAAUGUUCUGACAGGUUACAAUAAAUCACCUUGUAUAUAACA